AUGACUGCGACUUUGGUCGCUGCUUCGUACUUCUCAGUAGCAGAAUGCUUAGCAACACCCAGAAGCAAUCCGCUUUCAGCUUACGCAGGCUGUGGAAAAGCGCUGCCAAAGGGACAAUCCAACGGCGGCGUCUCCAAUGUUACAAUCACGAGCGACGGAGUUGAACGCUACUACCUCGUUUUUGUUCCACCAACAUAUAACCCUUUCAUUCCAACACCCUUGAUAUUGUCAUAUCAUGGAGGGGUCAGAACUGCAUUGGAUCAAUUACAACUGGACGAAUUGACGAAUCCCGAAUUCAACACCGUUUCAAUGGUGGUGUAUCCUCAAGGGAUUGCUAACUCAUGGCAAGGCGUCCCCGGAGACACCGUAAACGACGUCCUAUUCACCACCAACAUCCUCAACGAACUCGAAAAUCUCUACUGCAUCAACCCAAGCCGAAUCGCAGCAACAGGCAAAUCAGACGGAGCAGGCUUCUGCAACGUCCUUGCCUGCGAUCCCGUCCUCUCGAAGCGCAUGGCAGCUUUUGCUCCAGUCUCGGGAGCUUAUUAUAUUGACACCCUUCCUUGCUAUCCUUCGACUGUUGCAAUUCCGUGUUCAGCAGGCAGGACGGAUGUCCCGAUGCUAGCCUUCCAUGGCGGGAACGAUACUACGAUUCCGUACCUUGGAGAAGAACGGAAGAAUGAAUGCCUUCCCACCAUUCCGCACUUUAUACAAGAAUGGGCUCUGCGGGAUGGGUUGGGUAGCAGUAAUGUUACUACUCCUUUGGCUGUCGAUACGGUCACGUAUACUUUUGGUCAUGGGCUAGAGACGGGAUUGGUGGGGUUGGUGUAUGAGUCUAACAUUGGACAUGACUGGCCGAGUACGGUGCCGAAUGCAGAUAAUAUGGUGGCGGGGCAUCAUGUUGCGAAUUAUAAUGCGACUCCGAUCAUUUUGAAGUUCUUUGAGUCUCAUCCGUUGAGUAUCUUCGAGACUCUCGAGGAGCUGGUGUAG